GGCACGUGAUUGGCUGUGAUGACGUCGAAAGCCGGUGCCUUUAAAGUGAAGUGACCUUCUUUGCGACCGUCACAAACCGCUUGUCGGCCGAGGCUGAGACGGUUACUUACCUACAGUAGAGUAUUUUUAACCCGACAUCUUCUCAUAAAAAGUCAACUAUGGGAGACGUUGAAAAGGGAAAGAAGGUUUUUGUCCAGAAGUGUGCUCAAUGCCACACAGUAGAGCAGGGUGGCAAGCAUAAGGUGGGCCCCAACCUCUGGGGUCUGUUCGGACGGAAGACCGGACAGGCAGAAGGCUUCACUUACACAGACGCCAACAAGAGCAAAGGUAUCAUUUGGGGCGAGGACACUUUGAUGGAGUACCUGGAGAACCCCAAGAAGUACAUUCCUGGAACCAAAAUGAUCUUUGCUGGCAUCAAAAAGAAGGGAGAGCGCCAAGACCUCAUUGCAUACCUCAAGUCAGCAACGUCAUGAGAAGAUCACCGAGAUCACAAUAUUUAAUGUAAUUUUAAUGUUUUUUUUCUGCCAUUACACAUUAAAUAUGAUUUUAUGUUUGGCCAUUUGAACAGACGGUUAAUGUAUAUUCUCAGACUGGAGUUUGCUGUAAGUUUCACUUCCUGUUAAGGUCAGAUGAGUUUUGAGCAGCUGUUCAAGUGACCAAACAUAAAACCAGAGUCCUGUUUUCGUUGAGUCUGUACGAGUACAUACUAAUCACAUUAUUUAAAAAAAUUUCUUGGGAGGAUGGGUCGUCUCUCAUUCUUUUCCAUGACAACAUGUGUCUGGUAUUUUCGACUAACAGAGCUAUCACCAUAUACUUUAUUUUCAAAACGAUGAAUAAUAAAAUUCAUCUAAUAUCAGCUACAUGAAAGUGAAACGGCAAUGAAGCCUGUGUGGAGUUUUGGUGGGAACUGGUGCUGAUUUUGAAUCUGCCCUCAGCAUUCAUAUUCAAGUUGUGAGAGUCUGACCUUUGCACAGAUAUGAUUAAAGACUUCUGCUUGCUGUGAAUGCUCUUAGUUGGUUGUGGACUGAAUUUGGGAAAUACCGCUUUUGUUAACACUCCUGAAACCGCCCCUCUGAGCUCCUGUUUUUACCCCCUGCCUGUCAUCAGGCUCCUUUGAAGUUUUUAAAGUUUUCUUGCUAAAGGUGAUGUAUUUAUCUGCCUCCUUACAGCCAAUAAUUGUGGGGUUGUAUAAAUAUUACAUUGAUGCCUUGAAACCCACCACCAUGCGGAGGUACAGUGAAAUCAGCUGGCAUGCAAGCAUCACGAGCUAAUAUUGUGGAGUGACUUUAUAACGUAGGGAAACUAUUGUGGGCACCAUCUGGACUGAAGAAAGAUGUUAUUUACCUGGUUUCACAGGCAGGACAGAGUUGGUUUAAUUUCUUUUACUGUAAUCGGUGUUUGACUGUAAUGUGGUAGCUGAAUGUUGUUACAGACAAAAUGGUUAAGGAUCAAUUAAAAGAAAACGUACAGACAUGUAAAAA